GCAGAAGCCACAAUCAAAGAUUGACCGCGCUAGCUUUUGCCUCCGUCAAUUAUUAGCGAUAAAUUUCAUUAGCCUGGUAUCAGGUAGAAUUCCAGUUCACGGGAAUUUCCUAUAGCUCAUGAUUGUUUCCCGAUCCUUAAGUUACUUUCAUAGGAAACUUUUGCUUGAUUAAGUGAAUAAAUGGAUUACACCAGUGGAACUAAAUAUGUUCAAGGCAGUAAAGUGGAAUAAAGACCCUUUUACAUCGCGGCGGCUCGUACAGAAUCUAUAAUUUUUGCAAGAGUCUAAUCUUAUCCUAUCAAAAGAAGGAAAUAUACAAUGGUUACUUCAACGGAACUGGGCACGGAGUGUCACCGAUGUCUAUACACGUGAUUCCAUCUUGAGGAAUUAAUGUCAACACUUUUUGCAGAAGUGAUAUGAUGCUGCUUGCUUGGGGCAUCGUAUGGUUGACAUUUACGGCCGAUGUUGUUGAGGGGACUUGCUUCUUUCCUGAACACCUGAAAAACAGCGAGUGGCACUACAAAGUGUCAUCGGGAAAUGGUAAAAAGCAGACUUUUCGGUUUAGUGGUGAAGUUUUAUCAGUGAAGGAUGUACAUGUACCGAGUGAUUCCUACCAGCUGUAUUGUGUUGAAAGGCGUGGGGAGCAUGCCUUCUUGUUCGAGUCCCCUUCUGCAUCGUCGAAAAAGUACAAAUGUAUUGAAUUUUUGGAAAGAGGCCAGUCCAUUUUGCAGAUGAGAACGUCUUCCUAUUCAGAGAGUCCUAACGUUUGUAAUGACCGUAACUUGAAUUUGGAUGAAUGGUUAUUGGUCUCAUACGAAGAGAUGACCAAAGAGAUCGGAAGAUGUCCAUUCAGCGGUGGCUUCAAUUUAAAAAUAAGAGAUUCAAAUGGAAAUGCUCAUGGUUGUAAUCAUAUGGAACUUCCAAUGAGAUUAGAAAGCGAAUGUAUUGCAGGAGAAGGGAUGACAUUUGACUUCAGAAGAAGCGAAUGCACGUACUUUGUUCCUAUGAAUAUCUUCCAGAAAACGUUCUGUGUGACAAACUGGAACACGAGAAAUUUCAUAUUAGUGAUCAUUAAAGCAGUCAAUGGGAAUGGAAUAUGGAUUAUGAGGGUACCUAAACGUGAUUUAGGUUAUUAUAAUAGUAGGAUUGUUGUAGAAUUGUUUACUGAUUUGAUUGCAAGUGAAUCGAAUUCAAACAGUGAUAUAGAAAAGUCUUACUCUCUUACAUUAGAGAAGGAAGUGCAACGAAGUUUUUGUGCGGACGAAUACGAGUCCUGUACGAAAAGACUGUGUUCCCCCGUAGAUAUUCGCCAGUGUCCCAAAUCAUGUGGAACGUGUGACCCUAACACUGUUCUGCCAAUAUGCUCUUUUCCUCGAAGAUUUUUAGGAGAAUGGUAUUCUCAAGACAUCAUUGGGACAAAGAGAGUAAACAUCAGCGAUUCCACUCUUUCAAUAGACAACGUUGGGCAGUUUUCUUGCGUACAAUUCGACGACUCUCCAUCUCGCUCUACCAGAAGGUUUACAACGGAAUCUGUAUACUAUAAUGGUUGCAGACCUCGAUAUACCUGUGUAGCAUUUAAACGCCUGGGUAAAUCCGUCCUGGGGUACAGUAUAGGUCAGAGUUUUGUUUGGCCGAUCACAUUAGACAGUCCUGGAAGGACUAUUUGUGAUGAUUCUCGUUUUCGUCCUGACGAAGACCCAAUCAGUGAUUUGUACCACUCAUACGAUAAUUCAUACAAACCAAUAUUGCCAAUUUCAAGAACAUUCAUACCGACAAAGUGCGAUUUGCCUUCAUUAUUUUCAUUUACUGCCCAUUUUGGUAACAACAGAACUUGUUUAGGUGAAUUUUAUGAAGACUGUGCUAACCCUAGUGUAUUUCGUCUGGAUUAUCACAACUGCAGAUAUACGUCAGUGACGUCAUAUACAUAUUAUUGCGCAGCAACAUUUAGAGAAAAUUAUUGGGAGAAACUUGUGAUUUUACAAAGUGCUACAGAAGCUAAAGAUUCCAAGUGCUUAUCUUUUUCUACAGUUUACCCAGAUCGUGCUUUUUUUCUUCCAACGAGUCACUGUGACGUGUACGCAUGGCAGUACGUUGAUGCCAAUAUUCGCCAGUCACUCGUGGAAUUCACAAUACGUUCUACCGGUGAAAAAUGUAAGUUUAUACCCACAACAACGACGGUCACCGUGCCGACAACAACGUCCACUAGUGAGGGACUUCCGCUUCCGACUUCUAAACUUCCGGUUAGCCCUCAAACAGGAAAACAACAGAAAUUAGACAUGGCUGUAGAUUCAGCUAUUCAGAGUGAUUCUUAUGAAGCAAAAGACAAUUACCAAGAAAUAAUAAAAACGACAAUGUCAGCAACUCAGACUGCAAAAUCCGCAGAUAAUAAUCACCGUCUAAAAACUGUGGACGAGAGAAUGCGCGAAACAAAUCAUUCUGUAAAAUGUCGAUCUUCAUUUACGAAUUUUAUUUUAAUUGGAACAGUAUUCUUUAAAUAUAUGUUUAGUCUAUUGUAUAAUUUAUAAUUUUUGGAUUGCGUUGCCAAAUGCCAAAUCUUGUGUUUUUCAGUUUGUUUUGUUUUUUAACGGAAAUUUGUCGUUUUUUAUGUAUCAAUGAAUUUUAUUAUUAGAUUAUGUAUUUUCAGUUUGGAAAGUUCAAGAAGGUAUGACCAGACUCGAUUUUUCACUCUUGCGUAGAUCUCUUUGAAUCUUAUAAAGCGCGUUGGCAAUUCGUAUUAAUUUUUCUAUGUAAAAGGUAUCAGGUCAUAACUUCAUUGAAUUUUUGAUACUGAAAUAAUUGGUGUUAAGUUCUUAAACAUGUAUAUACAUUCCAAUUACACGCAAGGUAUUUGAGGUGUCAUUCAGACAUACAGAAAAUGAAGAUCCGUCUUGUUUAUCAUUGUUUAUUAUUUUUAUUUAAUUAAAUUGUGAACAAAUAUAACAAUUUCUUUCAAAGAAGUCUUGCAUCUCAUGACAUUGUAAAUAUAAAACUGUACAGAUAAAUAACACAGUACAAAAAUGUUCCAUUAAUCAUUUGCAGGACGAGGCAAGGUCUUUUUUGUUUAAAGUUAUAUCAAUAUUUUGAAUAUAACUUUUGUUGAAAAUCUUUUUUUUUUUAAUUUCUAAUUCAGACCAACUGUACACGAAGAAAAACAAAACGUUGAUCUUGUCUUUUUGUAUAAAGUAUAAUAUCUUUUUUUAAAUGAUAUUGAUAGUAGCAUUUCUCUACCAUGAAUCAUUUAUACUAUGUAUCUGAAAAAAGCAAUUUAUAGGUAUAUCAAUGAACAUUGAUUUUUUUAGUCUCGAUGUUUGUGGAAAUUAAAUUUUUCAAAGUCCCUAUGCUGGUAAUUAGCUAGAUCAUGUUUCUUGUCGUAAUCUCAUUAAGGCCUACACAAAAAAGAUUAUCAGAAAGUGAGAUAAAUUCAACUUGGAACACAGCUGCAGAAACGUGUUUAUAAUCUUAACUGAUCCUUGUACAAACAAAAUUCAAUUAACCUUAUAUAAAGCAUA